ACCGGCCUCCGCACCUCCGUCGCCGGGAGUCUCAGGCUGACGGUGGCGGUGGCGGAGGCAGCAGCAGCGCCUACUGCUCGGACAGUGACAUGAGUGACACGGAAUACACGGGCGGGUCGGCACUGACGCUGGGCCUGGCAACAAGCAGUAGCAUCAGCGCAGGCAGCGGCGCUGCUACUGCUCCUACUGCUGCCUCAGGAGCAGCAGCCGGAGCAGCAGCAGCAGCAGCAGCGGGAGGAGGGGGAGUGGUGGUGGACCGGUUCCGGAGCUCCCGAGUGCGGCUGGCGGCACUGUCGUGCAUCCAGGCCAUGGCCCGGAGCGACCCACGGGCCCUGCAUGCGCACUGGUCGGCGCUGCUGCCGCUGCACUCGCCGCUGCAGCCCAGGCCGCUGACGCCGCACCUGCUGACGGUGCUGUUGUACGACCCGUUGGCCAAGGUCCGCGCCCUAGCCGCCUCCACCCUCGCCUGCCUGCUGGACGGCCCCGCCCAGCGCGCCAUCCUGGCGGUGGCGGAGGCGCGCUCCAUGACGCCGCGCACCCCCCUGCGCGGCUUCCUCACGCUGUCGCUGUCGCUGGGGCAGCUGCUGCUGGGCGCGCAUGCGGGGCUGCUGGCGGCGGCGGCGCGCGAGGGCAGCGCGGGGGUGCUGCCGGGGGUGCUGCGGGCGCUGGUGGUGCUGCUGGCGGCCUCGCCGGCGGAGAGGUUGCCGCCGGAGCUGCUGCCGGAGACCAUCAAGGUGCUUCGUUUGCGUUGGGCCGCCCUGUCCGCUGCUCCCUCCGCCGCCGCCACUGCCGCCGCCCCCGAGCUGGCCGCCAUCCACGCCGCCUACCUGGCCUGCAUCGCCGAGUGCUUCGCCACCAAGCAGCCCAUUGCGGGACUCGCAGCCUACCUGAUGCAACCACAACCACAGCCGCAACCGCAGCAGCAGCAGGAAACCCAGCAGCAACCGCAGCACAACGGCGCGGGAGGCGCCAGCCGCACAGCUCCUGACAGCAACAGCAACAGCAAUGGUUGCAACGGCAGUAGUACGGCUCCGGGCGACGAUGCUGGUGGUGCAGGUGCUCCCGAUGCUGCCGCUGCUGCAGGCGGGGCCCCCCCGGUGGCUCACUCGCUGGUGGGGGAGCUGCUGGAGGUGGGUCGCGACCCCGAGGCGGCGGCGGUGCUGCGCAUUGAGGCGCUGGCGGCGCUGAAGGGGCUGGCGGCGCACUACACGGCAGCCCUGCCGCAGGACGUAUGGAGCGACCUGCGCGCCACGGCGGCAGUGGGCCUUAGCUCCGCCCCCACUCCGCGUCCCUCUCCCAACGCUGCUCGCACACGCGAGGGGCCGCUCUCACGCACCUCCUCCUCCUCCUCGCUCUCCGCCGCUGCUGGCUUCGCGCCCCCCAGCCCUGCCCGCACCUCCGCACGGUCCGCGGAGCGCAGCAACCAAGGCAGCCAGUCCUGGCGGCAGACCUCCAACACGCCGCAGACACAGCCGACACAGGUGCCCAAUGGCGGCGGCGGUGGCGGCGGCGGUGGCAGCAACAGCAGCCCUGAGGACAAGGCGGCGCAGCUGUCCGUGAAGUUGGUAUCGGAUUACCUGGCGGCGGUCGCACGGCAGUACGGCAUGGCGCGUACGGAUGCUAGCGGAGCCGCGGCUGGCGAUUCGGAGGGUGCUUCUGCCGGUGGGAGCAUCGGUCCGCCGCCGUCUCCGGGGGUUGUAUCGCUUGCAGCGGCUGUGGUGCCGAGGCAGCAGCAAGCUGCGGGGGUGCUGUUGCAGGGGGGCGGCUGUGCGGCCAGCCCGGCGGAGCGCGAGGCGGGGGUACGGCAGCUGGCGGUCAUGUGGCGGGACGCGGUUUCGCUGCUGGUGCCUGCGGCCACAUCGCAUGUGUCUUACAUGGUCCGUUCUGCCGGACUGGCCUGCCUGGGGGAGGUCCCCGAGCCCGUUUUCUCCCGUCUGGACUCCCACCUGCAGCAGCGGGUGCUAGCACUGCUCAGCGAAGCGGCCGCGGCGGAUGCAGUGGCCGCAAGCCGCGCCGCAGCAUGCAAGGCCCUGGGCGCCGCCGCCGCCUUCCCUGCCGUACUGGCGCACGCGGAGCUGAGCGGCCAGGUGACCCGCGCGCUGUCGUCGUGCCUGCGGGAUUCGGUGCUGUCCGUACGCAUUGCAGCCGGCUGGGCGGUCGCCAACCUUUGCGACGCGCACCGUCGGCGCUUGGAGGAGGCGCCAGCGGUUUGCAGGGGGGCGGCGAACGGCGAGCAACAUGGCAGCCAGGAGGAGGAACGCGAGCUGCUGCUGGUGCGAUCACAGUCGCACGGGCAUGCGUCCACCUCGACUUCGUCUGCUGCGGAUUGGCCUUCUGCGGGGGCCGGGCGCGGGGACGUGGCUACAGGGCGCUGCCAGCCGCCGCAGCUCCAGCAGCACCACUACCUGCAGCUGGCGGCCCUGUGCGGCGCCGCCAUCGCCGCCACUCAGGACGCGGACAAGGUGCGCGCCAACGGUGUCCGCGCGGUGGGGAACCUGC